AUGGGGAAACGCAAUACACUGCCGUUUCUAUUUCCCAUUCGUUCGCACCCAGUUUUUAUAGUUCUGUCGGUAGCUGUUGCGAUUUUCACUGAUACAUUUCUUUAUGGCUUAUUGAUACCUGUUUUUCCGACGCUCUUGCAAGAACGUGGAUUCGUGGCGGAUAACCAUAUCCAGAUUUUCACUUCCAUUCUCAUAGGAUUGAUGGGCGCAGGAGUAAUAGGAGGAUGCUACAAUUCCAAAGAGCGGAGAUCCUCUCUGUUAGGCGGCCUCGGAUUGCUCCUAUUAUCCACUGUGGCCAUGUGGCUAGCCCAAAAUGUGGCCACACUUUGUAUAGCACGAUUUGUUCAAGGCGUGGCUUCAGCGGCUGUUUGGAGCGUCGGGCUUGCCUUGCUUACGGAUACAGUUGGAGGCGACCAUGUGGCUGAGAUUAUGGGUUGGGUAAACAUUGCGUUCAGCUGCGGUUUUAUGGCUGGGCCAGUUGUUGGUGGUCUGCUGUAUGCUUCUGCUGGUUACCAUGCGGUGUUUGCCAUAGCUUCUGGGCUGCUGGUGGUAGACUUAGUCUAUCGGCUUUUAAUCAUCGAGAAGCGAGAAGCAAGACAGUUGCUCGCGUUGCAAAAUGACGCCGACGAAGAGGGCGCGCGAAGACCCUUGCUUGAAGGGAAUCGCGAACACACAAUCGAACACAAGCGAGAUUCUGCAUACGACAUACUGGUGACCUCAAGGAGGCUUAUGAUAAGUCUAGUCUGUGCCUUUGUCCAGGCACUGCUGGUGGCUUCAAUAGAGGCGACACUGCCAAUUAGGCUGAAGGCAAUAUUUGGCUACGGUUCUGGGCAGUCCGGGCUCAUGUUCAUGACUCUUAUGAUUCCAUCCGUUCUCGCGCCUUUGAUUGGAUAUUUCUGCGGACGCUUUGGUAAUGCGAUCAUCGCCCUCUCCGGUUAUCUCGUAUGUGGAACUGCAGCAAUACUUCUAAGACUCUCAGACCACAACGACACCGAGAGCAAAAUUGUUCUCAUUAUACUUUUAGUAAUGAUUGGGAUUGCGAUGUGUAUGAUUAUGACUCCAGUCCUGACAGAGGUAUUUGCAGCGGUAGAGGAACUGGAAGAGGAAAGUCCAGGGCGAUUCGGCCAAUAUGGUGCAUUUGCACAAGCUUACGCCUUGUUCGAUAUAGCAUAUGCUGGAGGAGCUUUCAUAGGCCCGAUAUUUGCCGGCUUAGUGAUCUCCAAAUUUUCGUGGAAUGUUAUGACUCUGACCCUGGGUAUCCUCAGCUUCUUGACUAGUCUUCUUGUUCUACCCGAGACGAUAGCAAAUUUCAAGCAUCGAAAAAUGGGUGGCGAAGAAGAUGUAACAGAAAGCGUAGAAACAUCGGAGUAG